UCACCUGCGCAGCUGCCCUGCUUCCUCCUCUGCUACGCCUUCCUUCCUUAUUUCCUUUCCUUUCCUUCCAGCAGGCAGGCAGGCAGGCAAGGCUACAGAUCGAUCCGAGUGAUUCGUGUCCUUCCUCCUCACGCUCUCCCGCCCCCCCCCCCCCCCCCCCCCUUUUCCCUUUUCCAACGCCGGCCAGCCGGCCGCCCAAUUCCAUCCAUCAAUUAUCUUGUUCUUGCCUUCUCCAACAAUUAAUCAUCAAUCCCAACCAGCCAUCCAUCAUAUCAGCACAACUAACAACAAACAGAUCCGUCCACCAUCGCCGGCCGGCCCUGCCUGCCGCCGUUGCACGACUAACUCACCACCGCCCGCCGCCGACGCAUCCAUCCAUGAAGCCCGCGGGCGGCGGCGGCGGCGGCGAGGACGACGUGCAGGUGCUAGUGGAGCGGCCCUCCUCCUUGUCCGGCCACUCCCACUCCCACCGGCAGCAUGGCGCCUCCUCCUCCUCCUCCUUGCCUACCAGUAGCACCAGCGCCGCCGCCGCCGCCGCCGCCAGGCAUCCGCACAACCACCACCGGCAGCAGCAGGUGAUCAGGGCGCGGCCCUACUACCGGCGUUGGUCGCCGUGGCUCGUCUCGGCCGCCACCGCGGCCUGCGUCGCCAUCUUCCUCGUCACCAUGUACGUCAACGACUGCCCCCGCCACAACUCCAACUCCAACUGCGCCGCCGGCUUCCUCGGCCGCUUCGCCUUCCAGCCGCUCCGCGAGAACCCGCUCCUCGGUCCCUCCUCCGCCACGUUAGUGAAGAUGGGGGCUCUCGAUGUGCCUAAGGUCGUCCAUGGCCGCCAAGGAUGGCGUCUGAUCACUUGCAUGUGGCUCCACGCCGGAGUUGUUCAUCUCCUCAUCAACAUGCUCUGCCUCGUCAUCAUCGGCAUACGCCUAGAGCAAGAAUUCGGGUUUGUGAGGAUCGGCCUGGUGUACCUCAUCUCUGGUUUUGGCGGGAGCCUCAUGUCUGCUCUUUUCAUACAGUCCAACGUCUCCGUUGGGGCCUCCGGUGCUCUGUUCGGCCUCAUUGGAUCCAUGCUCUCUGAACUCAUAACAAACUGGUCACUCUACGCAAACAAGGUGGCAGCGUUGGUAACACUGGUGCUGGUGAUCGUGGUGAACCUGGCGCUGGGGCUCCUCCCCCGGGUGGACAACUUCGCCCACAUCGGCGGCCUCAUCUCGGGCUUCCUCCUCGGCUUCGUCUUCUUCAUCCGCCCGCAGUUCGCCUGGCUCACCCAGCACAGAAGAGUAUCAGCAGCAGCACAGCCUGACGGGCAACCACCGGCGGCGGCGCCUACUCCUCCUCCGGUUGUCUCGGUGAAGCGCAAGCACAAGACGUACCAGUACGUGCUGUGGCUGGCCGCCGCCGUGCUGCUCGUCGUCGGGUUCACGGUGGCCACCGUGCUGCUGUUCCGUGGGUACAACGCGAACGAGCACUGCCCGUGGUGCCACUACCUCAGCUGCGUCCCCACCAAGCGGUGGAAGUGCGACGCGUCGCCGACCACGUGCACGGGGACGCUGCAGGAGAACACGCUCACCGUCGUCUGCGCCGGCGGCAAGAACCAGACGUACGUCGUGGCGUCGGCCGCGGACGCGUCGCAGGACAGGAUCAACGACCUCUGCAACCAGCUCUGCACCUAGUUGGUAUCGGCCCUAUUCUUUCUUUGUGUACAUCAAGGAAGGAAGGAAUAGAUAGAUUAUAGAUGCUCCAUUUUUACUCAUUCAGAGGCUGAGUGAGAUGAUGAACAAGCAUUAACAGAGUUCCAAAACAGGCUGUUGCGAUGAUUUACUGUUGUUUCGAUCUUCUAAUUACCGUUGUUAAGGCCUUGUUU